AUGCCAAGAAAGAAGUCGGCUGCUAAAAAGGCAAAGGAAGCUGCUGAAAAAGCCAAGGUUCAUGAGGAGGAGGUAAAUUCUUUAAAAAAUUCCACUGAUGAGAAGCUGAACAGAACGGAGGGCGGUUUGGAAGAGUCCGACGCUGAUUCUUCGAGUUCAGAAGAGGAAGAUGACUAUGGCGAACUUAUCACAGAGGAAGUAGAAAGUGGCAUCAGCAAAGUUUUGGAAGCCAUCAAGGCUAAUGAUACCGACAAGCUUCUGGAUCCCUCGGUGAAGUUCUUCGAAGAGCCGGAGAAGGCAGUUAAGAAAUUAGCCAGAAGUGAGAAGCAUAAGCCCAUUUACCUCAAGGACUAUCACAGAAUGAACAUACUUUCAGGCGGAGUACUAGAUGAUGAAAAUGAAAAUGCUGAGAUCGAAACCGUGGAUGGGAAGCAGUCUUUUGCAUCACAACAAAAGAUGGAAAAAGCUCAACUACUUGACGAAAUUGAAGGCGAAUUCGAUGACAAGGAUGAUGAGGAUGAUGAUAGCGAUUUCUUGGUCAAGAAAGAAAAAACCAAUACUCGUAGAAGGGAAGUUACCUCUUUGCCCGAUCCUGAAGUAGAUGAUGAGAAGUUUUUGGAUGAAUUUGUGAGUAAACAUGCGUGGAUCCCUAAACAGGGGGACAAGAUCAUAAAUUUGGAUGGAAAUCAAAUGGAUGAAGAUGAUGACGAGUUUGAUGACGCUGUCGAGCGUUUUGAAAAUGCAUACAACUUUCGUUACGAGGAUCCUAAUGCGGCUGAAAUUGUUUCAUAUGCACGUAAUCAGGCUACUUUGAGAAGGUCCGCCACUAAUUCUCGUAGAAAGAAGAGAGAGGAAGAGAAGCAAUUAAGGGAAAAAGAAAAGGAAGAAAAAGAGGUCGCUGUUCAAAAAAAGAAGAAAGAAAAGAUCAAUAAACUGACAGAUGUUUUGGAACAGGUCAAAAAAGAGUAUGGUGCUGAAAUAAAUGAAGCGAUGGUGCAAAAACUGACAGCAUCUUUACUUAAUGGAGAUUUCGAUGACAGUCAGUGGGACAAUGUAUUGGGUGAACUGUUCAACGAAGACUUUUAUAGUCAAGAAGGGAAGCCGAGCUGGGAUGAAAACGACGAAAUCAUGGGUGAUUUUUAUAAAGAAGACAAUUUCUCUGGAAAUGAUGACGCUGAGCAAUUAGAAAGUGAAGAAGAAGAACCUCCUUUGAAGAAAUCCCGUAAAGAGAAGAUAGAUGAGAAAAAAUCUAAAAAGAAGGAAAAGAAGAAGAUCGCAGAGAUGGUUGACGAAGCUGUGGAAAAAAAUAAGUUGAUUAUAGUCGAUGAAGUGGAAGAAGAAAGAAAAUCCCGUUCAAGGACGAAGGAAGAGGAAAACAUGAGGUUCAGAUAUCGUGAAGUUUCGCCAGAAUCUUUCGGCUUGACAGCAAGAGAAAUAAUCGCAGCAGACGAUGCCGACCUUAAUGAAUUCAUCGGAUUGAAAAAGUUUGCACCUUACAGACCAAAGGAGCUGCGUGCUAAAGAUCGCAGAAAAGUUAUGAAAUCAAGAAGGGUCAGAGAAUGGAAGAAAAAGGUAUUUGGUAAUGAGGAAGGUUUAAAAGGCGAAAAUGAGUCCUUAGCAAUUCCUGUCCAAAACGCAUCAGAUAUGAAAAAAGGAGACAAAAAGCAUAAGAAAAAAUACUGA